CCCGAGCUCUCUCGCCUGAGAGCCCCCCCUCUCCUUUGCUCGCUGCGUUCAUGCCGCGGCCACUUACGCGGCGGCAAUAACGUCGUUGCUCCGGAGUUAGUUAUCCGUCAGUCGCGCGUUAAGGACGACCGCUAUAUCACCGCGCCGCCGAGAUUUGCCCGCGAAACCGCCGCUCGACCCUCGCACGUCACGAUCCCGCGGAAUUGCAAGGGAAGACACGCGCGCGAGAGCCGCAAGACUCGUGGUUCGAAUCCCGAUCGUUCGGUUUGAAGUUGCGCGCGGAGGCGCGUCUCGCCGCGGCGCCGCCGCGUCCCGCUCGCCGCGGUUGGCAGGACUGUCCGGAAAAUUCGGAAAGUGAACAGGUGUUUUUUGAAUGGAUUAGGGGGAGCGCGCGCGCGCGCGAGAGCGAGAGAGAGAGCGCGCGUCGACGGAGAAGGAGGGAGCGAGUGAGUAGAGCGGCGAGAGGACGCGGAAGGAUUCGCCACGGACGGCGGUGAACGAUCGCCGGGACUUGGCAGCCGCUCCGGGUGAUCGAUAGCUUGGAGGAUGCACGCGGGUACGCGGUUAAUAUCGACGCCCGGCCAGCAAUGAGGAGGCGAGUCGGCCUCCCGGGGAUUUGACCUGUCCGCCAGUUCGUAACCUCGCUCGCGCGCCGUCGAAAGGUGAGAGACCAGGAAGGUGCUCGGCGCGCUUGAAAGAUGAAGAUAUAAGGUCGGCGGCCCAACGGCGACAAGUUUGUUAUUCCGUUUCGCACGAGAGAGUCCCAAUUCGGACCUUUAAAUAUGCCACAUCAAUUCGGGCUGCCAACGAUGGCGCACAGUAUGCAGUCUCCGCCCUCGCCGACCUCGGUCAUGUCCGUCUAUCCCCGAUUCGGCCCCGGCAUCUACAGGCCCGACCACCAGGACCAGCGGCUGACCCGCGAGGCGAUGGAACGUUACCUGCGCGACCGCAGCGACAUGGUGAUCGUGAUCCUGCACGCCAAGGUCGCGCAAAAGUCGUACGGCAACGAGAAACGGUUCUUCUGCCCGCCGCCGUGCAUCUACCUCUUCGGCGACGGCUGGAGGAUGCGCCAGGAGCAAAUGAUGCGCGAUGGCGAGAGCGAGCAGAGCGCCCAGCUGUGCGCUUUCAUCGGCAUCGGUAAUUCGGAUCAGGAUAUGCAGCAACUGGACCUGAACAACGGCAAGCAGUACUGCGCGGCGAAGACCCUCUACAUCUCCGACUCGGACAAGCGCAAGCACUUUAUGCUCUCGGUGAAGAUGUUCUACGGCAGCGGCCACGACAUCGGCGUCUUUCACAGCAAGCGUAUCAAGGUGAUCUCGAAGCCGUCCAAGAAGAAGCAGUCCCUGAAGAACGCGGACCUGUGCAUCGCCAGCGGCACCAAGGUCGCGCUCUUCAAUCGGCUUCGAUCGCAGACGGUGAGCACGCGCUAUCUCCACGUGGAGAACGGCAACUUCCACGCGAGCUCGACGCAAUGGGGCGCGUUCACCAUCCACCUCCUGGACGACAACGAGAGCGAGUCGGAGGAGUUUCAGGUGCGCGACGGCUACGUCCAUUACGGCAGCACGGUGAAGCUGGUGUGCUCUGUCACGGGGAUGGCUCUGCCGCGGCUGGUGAUCCGCAAGGUGGACAAGCAGAUGGCCAGCCUGGAGGCCGACGAUCCCGUGUCGCAGUUGCACAAGUGCGCCUUUUACAUGAAGGACACGGAUCACAUGUACCUGUGCCUGUCGCAGGAGCGCAUCAUACAGUUCCAGGCUACGCCGUGCCCGAAGGAAGCGAACAAGGAGAUGAUCAACGACGGCGCCUGCUGGACGAUCAUCAGCACCGACAAGGCCGAGUACCAGUUCUUCGAGGGCAUGGGCCCGGUACGGUCGCCGGUGACGCCGGUACCGCUGGUCCACAGUCUGCAUCUCAACGGCGGCGGCGACGUGGCGAUGCUCGAGCUGACCGGCGACAAUUUCACGCCGAACCUGCAAGUCUGGUUCGGCGACGUCGAGGCCGAGACCAUGUACAGAUGUCAGGAGAGCAUGCUCUGCGUCGUGCCGGACAUCUCGCUGUUCCGCGGCGAGUGGCUCUGGGUGCGCCAGCCGACGCAGGUGCCGGUCUCCCUCGUGCGCAACGACGGCAUCAUCUACGCGACCGGCCUGACCUUCACGUACACGCCCGAGCCCGGGCCGCGCCCGCACUGUCCGCCCGCCGACGAGAUUAUGCGAGCGCCGCGUGCCAUGCACAAUCAAGCCAGUAUACCGCCCGCCGCGAUGCCCGCCGACGUACCCUGGAACACUCACGGCCAGCCGCCGCAGUCGGGUCUCUGAUGUCUUCUAGACAAUCGUCACAACGCGAACCAAAGCUUACGAUGUAGUAGUGAUACGGACGGUGCAACGCCGGCCGUCGUGUCUCACGACGAUGACGAGGACGACGACGACGACGACGACGAUGACGACGAUGACGACGAUGACGACGAUGACGGGAGUGAGAGCGGCGAUGGCGACUGCUCGUAUCUGGCGAAAGAUUUCUUACUCGAGAUCGACGGUGAUGCGGCGCGGUGCAGUGCAAACCUGGACAAUACGCAAACGUAGCGUAUCGCUCAGUGCAUCCGACGAGGUGCGACAAUGCGGCGCGUCCAAUUUCGCGCGCGCUAAAGAUCGUAGAACUAGACUCGUAAGUUGUUGAGAGACGCAGAUUUACAGAGAUAAUAAUUUAUAUAGCGAUCCUGUAGGUUUUACGGCUUACGCUAGUGUGUAUAGACUGAGUCGUGUAUACGAUGUUGGGCGAUAUAGAAUUUUAGAAACGAGGGAAGAGCAAAUAUGAGAUUCGAUUUAUAUGGUAACAUUAGUUUUAAUCAUUUUUCUAUGAAAGAGAGGGAGAGAGAGAGAGGUACAUCUCGAAACGUUUCCCAUGUAAUUUUACCCUCGUUUCAUCUGGCAUUUACAAAAGAACGAAAAAACUAUCAGACAAUUAGUUAGUGACGAGGGUAACAGUCUUGGUCUAUACAUCUGCAUAUCGGUCACCGAACGAUGGUUGUGCUUUUAACAUUGUAUUUGUUACGAGAGAAAGAGAAGCUGCUGCCACGCUUGGAACUCGGUGUAGCGAAUUUCGAAAUUGUAACGGCGCUCACUACGUUGGUUACUUGGAUUGUAUCAAUUUUGUACAAUACGCAGUUUUGUCCGACGACCCGUUCUAUCGCAUAUCGAAAAGAUAUCGUUUCGCAAAGGAGGAGAAGGAAUUUUUUUUACGAGAGCAGUACCGAGGUCCGAGCGUUUGGCCCCGCGUGAAUGGUCCAUCUUGUACAAAGUUAGAUAGGGAGAAGGUACGAUGUAUUUUUGAACCCGCGCACGACGGCCUCGGCGUUUGGUACAUUUGUAAAUUCGUACGCGCGCGGUGUCGAUAGAUUCUUCAUUAUUUAUUAGGUGACGCAUGAUUAAUACUUUCGCGAGUGAAUGUGUGCGACGCGUCGCGCGAGUCGACGCUGAUCGUGAGAGUGUCGGUCAGAGAUUCAGACAGAGUCAGUAGAAUUCGUAUGCAAUCUUCUUUUUCCCCUUUCUACAUCGAGUUCGCUUUAGAAACGGUAUGAUUUUCUUUUGACAAUAUACGCGCGCGAGUGUCUGUCUAUUGUGCGUGUAUGUGUGUUAUUUUAUGUAUAUAGUAUCUCAAUGUACGUACAGCACUUAUUGUGAUUACAAUUACAUGGAUCCCGGUGUAACAGUUGCGUUAGAUAUCCUCGAGAUGCUCGCGUGAGACUAAUUUUCGGUUCAUCAUCUAACUCUCGUAAGUAAAAUUAAGCGUAGGAGACAAAUCUCUCGGUCAUUGUGCAUUACAUACGUGUAUAUUUUUCCUGAUUUUUUUAUCAGAAGUACGAAUAUCCAAAAUUGCGAUCGAGUGGACGGCUAUCUUUAAGCUACAUCGUGCACGAAGACUUAUAUCCUCUACAUGAUACUUGAGGUUUCCUUUUCAGAUAGAUCGAGGAUCUUCUGUACUGUAAUUACUGUAACUCGGAGCGUUUUUUUACAUAGGAUUUUCGUGAGAAUGACAUUAAAAAUUACAUUUAUAUGCUUUAUUGUAAUUUACAUCGAUAAGUACAAUGAAGACGCAUAUAAAAUUUACGCUCCUACACGAUGAUUUAGAAUAAACAGAAGGUUUAUAUUA